AAUUUGAUGCUGCGCACCACUCAAACCAAAAAUAAACAAAAAAUGGCGACUCAGACAAGCUGAUACGGAAUGAUUACCGUUAUAUGUUAAGAAAAGAGAAGAAUUCGGGGGUGCCCAACACAACGGUCAUUAUCAUCGCACUGUGGGAGAUAAGAUCCCUUGAGUUCCAGGUUCUUUCCUCAACAGCACCAUAAACGAGCAAUCUUCCGGAGCAGCCAUGGACACAAACUCAGUGGAGACUGUGGAUCACAGCACCGCCACAGAAGUACUGCUGGAAAAAAUUGUCAACGGUGACACAAUAGAAUUAACAGACGUGUCACUGGAGACCGAAGGAUUGUACCACUGUGAGAAGUGCCGGCAGAAUUUUCCCGACAGCAAUCUUUUUUCGUCUCAUCCUUGCCUGGUUUCGGCUUCGACUUCCUGCACGCCGCGCCUGUCGCCGCCGGAGGAGGCUACAGUAAAGACGCGUUCGGACCUGUACAAGUGCCCGCGGUGCGAUGAGACCUUCCCGCUUCCCAGCACGUUAAAGAGACACUUCAGAAGCCAUCCGGUGGAGCCCCCAGGUCCCGUGCAUUGUUCGGAGCCUGGCUGCCAGUUCGUCGGUGCGGACCGGCGGGAGUACCAGACGCACCUGCGCGUUGCGCACUCUCUGACGCCCGUCCCCUGUGCAGUCCGCUCCUGUCGCCUGGCGUUCCGCACUGGGGAGGAGAUGGAGAAACACAGGCGCAACCACGUGCCUUUCCACUGCCCCCAGUGCCAAUUCACGACGGCAAAUGCCAAGCAGUUGGGCGAGCACCGCCGGACAAGUCACCCCCCUGGCGCUGGUGAUGAAGGGGAGAAAGCUGACGACUCAGAGAAAAUGGAGGUGCGUUCAAGAGGGGCAGAGUUGCAUGGGAACGGGCCGUGUGAACCAGGGAGGCGGAAAAGGCCCCAGACCAACACUCCUCCCACGGCCGAUGAGCCUCAAGAAGAAGAGGAGGAGGAGGAGGAGGAGGGACACAUCAAUAAGAAAGCAAGAGAAGAGAAGGAGAGGGAAGGGACCGCAGCUGCCACAGGCCCAGAAGACCACCACUCGACAUGUCACGUGGCGGAGGGCACGGAGCACAUGUUCCGCACGCACAUCUGCCCGGAGUGCCGGCGCUGCUUCAAGAAGCGCACGCACCUGCUGGAGCACAUGCACCUGCACUUCCCCGACCCGCGGCUGCAGUGCCCCGCCUGCCGCCGCCACUUCACCAGCAAGAGCAAGCUGCGCGUGCACCUCCUGCGCGAGGAGGGCCAGAAGCCGCACCGCUGCCACCUGUGCGAGUACCGCGCGGUGGAGCGCAACGCCCUGCGCCGCCACCUGGCCGGCGUCCACGGUGAGGAGGAGGAGGAGGAGGGGGAGGGGACGGGGGCGGCGGCGCCGUACCCCUGCCCCGCCUGCGGCAAGGGCUUCCGGCUGAGCCGCGCCCUGAAGGCGCACAUGAAGUCGCACCGCGCCGCGCCGGACGGCCGCCCCCUCGGCUGCUUCCAGGAGGGCUGCGGCUUCCAGGCGGCGGACCGGCGGGAGCUGCGGAGGCACGCGGCCGACGCCCACGGGGCCGGCGUCGUGGAGUGCCGCCACCACGCCUGCCGCGCCCUCUUCGGGAGCCCGGAGGCCAUGGAGGCGCACCACCGCACGCACCUGGCCUUCCACUGCGAGCAGUGCGACUUCUCCUGCUCCAACAAGAGCCGCUUCCAGCGCCACAAGCGCCAGGGCCACGCCGGCGACCGCCGGCUGGUCUGCGCCUUCUGCCCCUUCGCCACCUUCAACCCCGUGGAGUUCGACGGGCACGUGGGCCGCCUGCACGCCAACGAGAAGAUCCACCGCUGCCCGCAGUGCAGCUUCGUCACCGCACACAAGCGGGUGCUGGGGCGGCACAUGCUCCUGCACACCGGUGAAAAGCCGCAUAAGUGCAAGCUGUGUAAUUUCAGGUGCCGGGAUGAGACCUAUCUCUCCAAGCACAUGCUGACGCACUCCGACGCCAAGAACCACAUGUGCUCAGAGUGCGGCUACGUCACCAAGUGGAAGCACUACCUCAACGUGCACAUGCGCAAGCAUGCGGGGGACCUCCGGUACCAGUGCGACCAGUGCUCGUACCGCUGCCACCGCGCGGACCAGCUGAGCAGCCACAAGCUGCGGCACCAGGAGAAGUCGCUGAUCUGCGAGGUGUGCGCCUUCUCCUGCAAGCGCAAGUACGAGCUGCGCAAGCACAUGCAGCUGAAGCACGCGCAGGGCGGCGGCGUCGAGAGCCAGCCGCCCGUCUUCCAGUGCAAGUACUGCGCCUACCGCACGCAGUACCGGCAGGCGCUGCACAACCACGAGAACUGCAAGCACACGCGCCUGCGGGAGUUCCGCUGCGCGCUCUGCGCAUACAGCACCUUCAGCAGCACCAGCCUGUUCCUGCACAAGCGCAAGGCGCACGGCUACGUGCCCGGCGACACGGCGUGGCUGGAGCGCUACGCCCAGCGGGAGCGGGAGAACAGCGCCGCCGCCGCCGCGUCCCACAGCUUCUGCCCCCAGGGGCCGGCGCCGCAGCCGGGGGGAGGCGGGAGCUCGGCCGGGGCGGGGCGCGCGGACAGCCGGGCGGCGGGAGUCUCGGGCGGGAGGGGCCGCGUUUUGGAGGCCGCCGGUGCCGGUACCGGUACCGCCGCGGGCCAAGGGGAAAGCGUCCCGGGCAAACGGGGCGGUCCUGUCGCCGUCGACCAAGAGUCGACAGUCGCCGAAAUUCCGGCGAGUGGCAAAUCGGUGGCGGGGCAGGAGGAGGAGGAGUGCUGCACUUUGGUUUUGACCCCGAUGCUGAGCGAGGGGUGCGCGGAUGCGCUCCGUGUGCAGAGUGCGGCUGGGGGCGCGGGGGACGCCGCUUCAGAGGGAGCGUCCGGGGACCCCGAAUCGCUCCCCGCCCGAGGGGCCGAGCCCGCCGCGCCGUCGCCAAGGCCGUCGGACGCAGAGGAGGACCACGCCUCGGUGGCGGACUGCGGCGAGCGAAGCGACGAGGAGGGCGAGGCGCCUCCCGGCGAGGCGGAGGGCCGAGGGGGGGCGGGGGGGGCCGCCCCCAGCCGAAACCCCGGGGAAGAGGAGGCCACGCUUCCCCCGGGACGCCCGGAGGCGGCGGCGGCGGCUGAGGGGUCCCCGAGGCCUGAGUCCCCCCUCAAGGCCCUGAAGAGGCGGGACAGGGAGCAGGCGGAGGCGCUGGUGCUGGAGGGGCGGGUGCAGAUGCUGGUGGUGCAGACCAAGGGCAGCGUGUACCGCUGCGAGCGCUGCUCCUACGUCACCCGCCGCCAGGCCUCCCUCGCCCAGCACCGGCGCUCGGCCUGCCCGGCCAGCAGGGCGGCGCUGCGGUGCCAGGACUGCGGCGCCCAGUUCAAGCAGCGGCGCGGCCUGGACACCCACCGGCUCAGGAAGUGCCCCGUCCUCCUGAAGAGGAGCCGCAGGUUCCCCCGCCCCGCCGCCGGGGGGUCCGGAGAGGGCCCCCCCCCCGCGCCCGGCCCGAGCGGCGUGACGGAACCGCGGGGGGAGACCGCGGCCGAGGGUAAUCAGUCGGGGUGUGGUUCCCACGGUAACGAGACCGGCGAACAAGCAGCCGCACCCCCUCAGUGUGGAAGGGAGGAGGAAAGGCCCAGCUGCUCUGCAGAGACCCGCACCACCACUCGGGAGUGGGCGGAGCCUGCUGUGCCGGGAGAAGAGGACAGGAAGAAGCUAACGGCCACAGACCAGGCUAACUCAGUGGACCCUGCAGAGCCAGCUCCUGCCGAAGAGUCCUCCAAUUUAGAGGGUGAGCUGGGAUACAGGAAAGAGGAGGACAGAUUCAAAUGUAACAAGUGCUCCUUUACUUCCUGUAGGCUGGCGACCAUAGAAAGGCAUUGCACAGCUUGCGCAGCGAAAAACUUGAAAAAACGUGUCGCCAAAAACGCGAGGCGACAGCGACUGACUAAGGCUGCGGAAACGGAGGAGGAUGACGAUAGCAAUGAAGACUACGGGGGUGAGGAAGGAGGCGAGGAGGACGCAGGCGAGGCGGCGAAGAGCGCGAAGGGCGCGAAGGGUGCGAAGCCUGCCGCUCGCUUCGCCUGCGACAGCUGUGCUUUCACAUGCCACCAGAAGAGGGCGCUGGACCGGCACCAGGCGAAGGGCUGCAUGAAGCCGGGCGACGUGCAGUGCCAGCGCUGCUCCUUCGUGGCCAGGUCGGAGGAGGCCCUCGGGCGCCACGCGCGGGUCCACGGCGAGGGGGGGCGGAGGCCCGCGGCGGGCGGGCGGGGCGGGAGGGCGCGCCUCCGCUGCGAGCUGUGCCCCUUCACCUGCAAGCAGGAGCGCUGCCUGGCCCAGCACGUGGCCCUGAAGCACGAGGGCGCCCGGCCGCACGCCUGCCGCUUCUGCGGCUUCAGCACCGCCCGCCGCUACCGCCUGGAGGCGCACGAGUCGCUGCACACCGGCGUGGGCCGCCACCCGUGCCCGCUGUGCCCGCGGACCUUCGGCACCACGUCCAAGCUGCGGCUGCACCGCCGGCGGGUGCACGAGCGCCGCCCCACCCACUUCUGCCCGUCCUGCGACUACAGCGGCUACGGCCUCAACGACCUGGCCCGCCACGCGCUCAGCUGCCACCGGGGGGAGCCGCGGCACGCCUGCGCCCUCUGCCCCGCCCGCUUCAGCUCGGAGACCGCCCUGACGCAGCACCGGCUGCGGCUGCACCGGGAGGCCGCCGGCCCGCCGGCCUGCCCCGCCUGCGGCCUGGCCUGCCGCAGCCGGGCCGCCCUGAGGGCCCACGCGCUCCGGGAGCACCCGCCGCCGCUGGGCUGCGCCGCCUGUGGGGCCCGCUUCGACACGCGGGACGCCCUGGAGGAGCACCGCAGGACCCACUUCGCCCAGCGCUGCCCCGAGUGCCCGUUCGCCGCCCGCGAGAAGCAGGCGCUGGCCCAGCACCUGCUGGACGAGCACGAGGGCGGCCCCCCGGAGGACAGGCCCCUGCGGUGCGCGGCGUGCGACUUCCGCUGCCGCCACCGGCUGGUGUUGGAGCAGCACGUCCGCGGCCACGGCGGCGCCCGCCUCUACCAGUGCACCGACUGCCAGUACUCCACCCGCAACCGGCAGAAGAUCACCUGGCACGUGCGCGUGCACACCGGGGAGAAGCCGUACCGCUGCGAGCAGUGCAGCUACGCCUGCGCCGACCCCUCGCGCCUCAAGUACCACAUGAGGAUUCACCAGGACGAGCGGAAGUACCUCUGCCCGGAGUGCGGCUACAAGUGCAAGUGGGUCAACCAGCUCAAGUACCACAUGACCAAACACACAGGAGCCAAGCCGUACGCGUGCGACGAGUGCGAGUACCGGACCAACCGGGCGGACGCGCUGCGGAUCCACCGGGAGACGCGGCACCGCGAGGCGCGCGGCUUCAUCUGCGAGGAGUGCGGCAAGGCCUUCAAGACCCGCUUCCUGCUGAGCACGCACCAGCGCAAGCACAGCGAGGCGCGGCCCUACGUCUGCCGCGUCUGCCGCCGGGCCUUCCGCUGGCCCGCCGGCCUGCGCCACCACUACCUCACGCACACCCAGCGCCACCCCUUCCACUGCCUGCACUGCGCCUACACCGCCAAGCAGAAGUUCCAGGUGGUCAAGCACCUGCGGCGCCACCACCCCGAGCAGAGCGUGGAGCGGGGCGUGGGCCGGGACCCCGGGCCCCACACCGUCUCCCUGCAGGAGGCCCGCCUGGAGCCCGGGGGGGAGGGGCCCGGGGAGGUGGGGCCAGAGGCGGGGCAAGACACAGCUGAGACCAAUCAGGGAGAGGGACAAUAGAGCCCUGCAGUCGCAUAUGCUAAUAGUAGUACCAAUGUACUUAUAAUAUAUAUUAUAUAUAUAAAUAUAUACAAAUGUGAUAUUCUAAACUGGGUGACUGCAUGGGCACUGCAGGUUUAGACACAAUGCAAUAAAUCUUGUAAAUAAGCUGUAAAUAAAUACUCAUAAAUAUACACACCCAUACACAACACAUUAAAUGCAUACAUAUGGUAUACCUCUUUUUUGGAAGGGCAGUAUCUAGCACUGAAAUGUUGCAGCUGAUAUCUUUGUCUCUGUUAUGAAAACUUGCUGUUUGUUCAAGACGAUUAUUAUUUUCAUGCCAAUCCACUCAUUUAUAUUGUUCAUUAAUUAAUUCAUUCAUUCAUUCAUUUUUUUUAAAUUGUACACAAGAAGUCCCUGGCUACAGACAGGAACACCUGACUCGUAAUGUAAUGUAAAGAAUAUGAAGUGAGUGGUACAUUCAUUGAUCUGUGCUUCUCAGGUGCUACUCUUUGAAUUCUGAACACUGAAAAGUUCAUACUACCUGUUGUAUGAAUAUGUUUCACACUGAAAUGUUCAUAGUGCUUCUUGUUUGAAUAUGUUUCACACUGAAAAGUUCAUACCACUUGUUGUAUGAAUAUUGUUCACACAGAGUUCCAGUUCCGAUCUUGGUCUGGACCAUGGCUCAUGACCAUGACCUGCAGUGGCUUAGUUCUAAAAGCGCUUUGCUAAGUCCCAAAAGAGGCCAUUUCAUCAUAUAACAUCAGUAUCUUAUUUAGUACCUUUGUUUUCAGCAUCAUUUUUCUUGAGAGUUGAAAUGUGUCUAUUUCUCACAUAUUUUGUAUUUAUUGUAAGAUUGUCUGGCUUGUUGAAGUUGAUGCUUUGCUAGAUGUGAAUAUUCAUGAGUAGAAUCCUACUGGCUGUAUAUCUGGGAAUUCAAAGUUGGAAACUGGCACUAAAUGUAACUUACGACUUAAUAAUCUCUUUAACGGUACUGUUGUGAAUUUAGAAAACGGGUAUUAUGAGAAUCCAUGGAAAAGGAGUAAUUAAAAUCAUGAGAGCUGCU